CUAAUCACAUCGGUUUUCAUCAGAUCUCGUCAGGUCGUCGUGAUUGACCAGUCUCCAACCGUUAUCCCCACCCGCACGAAAGAGCGGACAAGUACCCAGGCUCGAUAACUUUCCUUCAUUACGGAAUCAAGGAUGACUUUGAGUUCACCAAACAACAAGCUCAAAGCUACCGUGAUCGUCAAUGGGCAGGCGGUGAAACCCUACGACAUAGGACACAAGAAGCCAAACGAGACCUUCGGCACCAUCAAUUUGGACAGAAAUCAACCUUUCAGUUUCAAUUUGGACAUGUCAUCGUGCUUCCUAGACAAAGAAUUGCGGCUUCGUCACCGGCCUGAUAAGGAAACCAUAGAUCGGAACCGAGCUAAGCCGGUGCUUCAAGAUUGUACAGACCUGCGUGCCGAAGUCUACCUGGACGAAGCCCAUGUUCUUAGUGUCAGCUUCGCGUGUACGGAGGGGCAGAGUUUUUGCGACACCUGGAGCGUACCAAACCACCCAGCUAUCGAGGGGAACGAAUUUUCCCCGACUCGCUGUAAAGGUCUCAUUGAGAUCGACAUCUUCAGGACGCUGCUCGUACCAGCUUUCGGGAAGAGAGUCAGCCGGAUCGAACACAUCGAUGGCGAGCCCAAGAAACCGGAACCCUGGGAAAUCUUUGCCCAAUGGGACCACUAUGAAAAGCCCUAUCGCUCUUUCCACUUCCGGUACCGGGCUAUUGAACGUCUGAAGGGUCAGACCGUUAAGGGACAAGAGCGAGAGAACCAUGAUGCUGGGCUCCAGGAAGGGGAGGGUUCUGGGCAGCAGAAUUCCGAUAUUGCUACUCAGCAUCGGGGGCGGGUGACGGUGGUUGCCAACCAGCGAGGGAUGGAGACUGCUCAGAGAGAGGAAGAGCAUGUCAAUGUUGGGUGUCACUGUCAGGAGCUUGACUCCGCUGGCGGACGAGAUCGAUGGCUACAACAGCAGCGUGAACGAGAUCGACAGCAGCUCGAGGUCGCUCGUGGACUCAAUGAGCGUGAGCGGCUUCUCGAGCAGCGAGAACGGGCCCUGGACGAGCGUUUACGGGCCUUCGAAAGACGAGAAUGAACGUUCGAUGCUGAGCGGGCUCGUACGGAAGAGGACCGUAAACCGGUGAUUGGCCAAAUGCAGCGCGAGAGCUCUGCAGUAGAACAGAGGUUUGCGAAGCUGGAGGAGGAAAUG